AUGGGUACGUGGUUCACAAAUGCAAGGCCCUAUCUGCUGUUAUUGGCUGUUCAAUUUGGGUCUGCUGGCAUGUUCAUAUUUGCCAUGGAUGCUAUCAAGAAGGGUAUGAGCCAUUACGUCUUCAUCGUCUACCGUAAUGCCAUCGCCUCUGUUACUCUCGCUCCCUUCGCCUUUGUUCUUGAAAGGAAAAUUAGGCCGAAGAUGACUUUCAGGGUAUUUUCAGAGAUUAUGGCACUGGCUUUCUUCGAAAUAAUACUGGAUCAGUGCUUCGCUCUCUUGGGCAUGAAAUUCACGUCUGCUUCUUUUCUUUCUGCUGUCAUGAAUUCCGCUCCCUCCAUUACUUUUGUCAUGGCAGUCAUUCUAGGAUUGGAGCACAUGAAGAUUAAGGAGGUAGCAUGUCAAGCCAAAGUGAUUGGCACAGUAGUAACGUUCGGAGGCACCUUGCUUAUGGCACUGUACAAAGGCCCCGUACUUAGUUUCAUGAGAUCUACGACCAGCCAGGCUAGCCAAACUGAGAACGCGACCAACCCCACUGGCAACCAUUGGGUCAUAGGGACAGUGUUCCUCCUCAUAGGUUGUGCAGGAUUUUCUGCAUUUUACAUAUUACAGGCCAUAACAUUGAGAAAAUACCCAGCAGAGAUGUCGUUGGCCACUUGGGUUUGCUUUGUAGGGGCACUUCAAAGUUCUGUUGUUGCAAUCUUCGCAGAACGCCACCAUCCUCAUGCUUGGUCCCUCGGUUGGGACACACGACUCUUUGCUCCUGCUUACGCGGGAAUAGUUACAUCUGGAGUUCAGUAUUACAUACAAGGCAUGGUGAUAAAAACCAUGGGUCCAGUUAUAGUGACUGCUUUUAAUCCUCUGCGUAUGAUUAUUGUUACGGGCUUGGCCUGCAUCAUCCUAUCUGAGCAACUCUACCUUGGAAGUCUUAUUGGAGCAAUAGUUGUGGUUCUGGGGCUUUACCUAGUAGUGUGGGGAAAAGCUAAAGAACGUAGAGGAAUGAUGUCACCAUCCCCUGCAGAGGAUAACUUUCCAGAAGACCAACUACAGCUACCAGUAUCAGCUCCAAGGAAUGAUAGCAACAACAAUAAGGCUUAA